GCACACCCGGCGGCGCGAUGCGACCAGCUGCCCGCUGCUGGCGCUGGUCGCCGCAGCGCCGGCCGCCGCUGCUGGCCGCGGGCCCGUGCGGCGGCGGCGGCCGCGCAGAGGCUCCGUCAUUGCCCGCGGCGCGGCCGCGGGCGAGGCGGCCUCUGUGGCAGCGGCCUGCGGUGUGGCCCUGGGCCCAGUCGGCGGCGUGGACUUCGAAGGCAACGUCAUCUCAUGGCAGAACCUUGCGGGACCUCCGUCUAAGGCGACGGUCACGGAUGAGAUGCUGGCGGAGGGACGCUGACAAGCUGUGGCUCGAUCAGCUGCUGGCGGUGGCGUUCCCGCACGUGCUGGCCACCAGGAGAGCGGCGCGCGCAGGGCCGUGAAGCGGGGCCGUGUCCUGGUGGGCGGCGUUCGGGCGACCACCUGCGACGCCCCCGCCCCGCUGGCGGGCACGGAGCUCGAGGCGACUCCUGGCAAAUUGGAGGGCCUCAUGCCUGGACUGGCAGACCGCGUGGCCCAGUGGAACCGCACCCGCGCCGGCCGCGAGGAGAACCUGCUGACCGUGCUGCACCACUGCCAGGAGGAGGGCUGGGCUGUGGUCAACAAGCCCGCAGGCAUGGAGACCACCCCGGAGCACGCCCGCAACCACUCCCUCGUCCUGCAGGCCUACCUCCCCGCCCUCCUGCCGCCCCCGCCUAGCGGGGCCCACAGGCGGGGGCCGCGCCCGUGCCACCGCCUGGACCACCGCGUCUCGGGACCGGUGGUGGUGGCCACGGGGGAGGAGGCUUGCCGGAGCAUCUCCAGGGCCUUUGCGGAGCGCACGGUGCAGAAGGAGUAUCGGGCACUGGUCUGCGGGCGCGUCGGCGCCGCGGGCGACGCCUUCACGGUGGACGAGCCCGUCGGCGGCAGGGCGGCGCAGACGGAGGUGAGCGUGCUGAGGACCGCCGACUGCCCCCACUGCGGCGCCCUCUCGGAGCUGGCGCUGCGCCCGCGGCAGGGCCGGUACCGCCAGCUGCGCCUCCACUGCGCGGAGGUCCUGGGCGCCCCGAUCGUCAACGAGGACGAGGAGGUCUACGUGCUGGCGGAGGCCGAGUGGCGGCGCCGGCACGCGGGCGCGCCGCUCCCGCGCUUGGUCCGCCGUGGCAAGGGCAGCCUGUUCCUGCAGGCCGUCGAGGUGGCGUUCCCGCCGCCCCGUCGUCCCGAGGAGCUCGCCCGGGUGCGGGUGCCCGUGGCCGAGCGCUUCGGGGCGCUGCUGCGGCAGGCGCAGGGCGCCUGGGACCGCGGGUGGCGCGGCACCACGCCCCCGCAGCGGCGGGGCGGCGCGGGCGGGGCGCGGCCCGGAGGCGCCGCGGCGCGGGAGCCGCUCGGAGAUGCUCCCGCGCGGGCGGUCGAAAAGAGGCCUCCGCCCCCCCUUGUUCAGGAGCGAAAGAAGGACGUACACGUACAUGAGUCCACGCUGGCUUCGAGAGUUCGCAUUGCACGAAUGUUCGUAUCACGCGGCAGGUCUCGCGGGUCAAAGGGCCGUGUUCAUGUACAUAGUUGGUGCGGCAGGCUCGAGCCGUCGUCGUCGUCGUCGUGUCUCGCCUUUUCUGCUGCCUCACGUAGGCCCUCGUCGGCACAGGUGGGUCCGCUUCGAAAAUUUGGUCAGUGCUCAAUCCUGUGGGCUGGUUUUGAAGACGGAGGGCUCAGACCACCAGGCGUCGCUGAAUGA